UCUUCUUCUUCUUCUUCUUCUUCGGAAUUGGGAGGAUAAUGACAACCAGCGACUCUUCCCUACAGCGCCACAACCACCGCCGCCAAUCCAGCGAUUCCCAUACCAACCCCAACGGUGGGUGCGCUGUUAGGCGAAGUCGUGCUUCCCGCACCCGCAGAGGCAGCCUCGCUCGUCGCUUUCGCCGCCGUCGAGCUCGCCAGCAGACUUGCGCCGGAUGUCACUGUGACGGGCAGGAAUGACACAUCAGUGCCCGUCACCGUCGUCGUCGACACACCAGGGAAGUUCGCCGAUGCGCCUCCCGCGCUCGUCGUACACACGGCGCUGCUACCGCUAGUCGUGUACACGGUGCACUCGUAGCUCAUGGUGAAUUGCUCCUCGCCAGCCGUGACGGACGCGCCAUACACGCUACCAGCGUGGAUGACGGUCUCUGGCGGAUUGUACCCACAGUCGUUCUGGUCGGUACCAGUAGGACAGCCAACGAGGUAGGUGGUUGUGGAAGGGUUUGCGCUAAUGACGGAUGCGACGAGCGUCUGUGGAUCUGUGUCCAGCAGCAGGAGGGAAACAGUUGAGACCUGAGCGCGUACGGCUGCCAGGAGCAAGGCGAUUCCGAGGAAGCUUUGGACCAUGAUUCGCGUAGAAAGUUCAACGGUAAAGUGACGUACGACGAGAUAUCUCCGCAAACGCACGGAGUAUAGAUGAAGAUUAAAAUACUAAAAAACAAAAAAAUUGCAAGGGAGCGACGACGAGACUAAAGACGAAAAGUUUUUGAAAGAAGGACGUUGCUCCUACCCGACAGAUCUAAGAAAUACUAAUCAAUUCAAUACGACUGCAGGUAUCCAUGGUGUCGAUCGUAUGGCCACACUCUGAGUCGGGCAGUCAAAGUCGAGAGGGCAACUUAAAAUUAGCAGCAAGACACCAAGCAAGAAAUGAGACGACAGGGAGGGGAAACUGGAAAUGCGACGACGGAGUGAUGACUGCUUAGGAAGACGGACAGUCACAGAACGGACUGUCUCACCAGCGCGAGCGGGCCGUGGCAAAGGGAAAAAAGAGCCCCUUCGAAGACCAUUGUACAAUUUGGGCAAAAAAGGACAGAACUUUGGUCUUCGGGAGCGCGGCGGUGAGAAAGAAAGGCGGGCAGGGAUCGCCAGGAGAGCAGGAGAGACAAGCAAGACCGAUCAAAUCAAAAGCAAAUGAUUUCAACGGUUAGGCCAUGAUUACAAUAACUAUGACUACCACUGUAGCUGGGGCCUGCGAGGAAAGGCAAAAAGAGGGAGAGCGGGCGCGACGAAGAUCUGGAGAUUUGAUGCGAGCCCCUGACAGGGCAGCCGAGUUGCCCAGACGGGGCGCCGCAGCCAGGCCGUAGCAGGUUAGCGCGUGAAGGGCUCGAGUUUCUGGUCAACGCGAGGCGCCUCCACGGCUCGGGAUGACAUCGGUCGCUGCGUGCCAUCGAGGGACGAGCCAUUGUCCGUGCAUUUCCGCAUCCAACCGCAUCUGCACGCUGGCCCCAACAUACAAACACACCUGCUGUGCGUGACGGACGUUGCGCACACCUGCAGACAUACCUAUACGCAUCCGCUCACCCCUCACCCGCGCGCGCAAAUACACGUUGGAGCUGCUAAGCAAAUAACGAAGAGGAGAGAGAGAGCGUGUGAGAGAGGGAGAGAGAGAGAGAGAGAGAGAGAGAGAGAGAGAGAGAAAGAGAAAGUGUAUUCAUCGACGGACAUUGCAAGACGCCUUCUCGACAAAUGGGUGCGCGCGUCCUCGUCCAGCGGGCUCCGCUGCUUGUCGUCCGGACGGCGACCGCGCUCUCACGGCGCAGCUACAGCACACCGUCGUCCGUGAUCCGGGUGCGGUCCAUUCCAGCCCCGCACUGCGGCAGCAUCAAGAUCCUGUCUCUGGAUCGCCCGGCCGCUCGCAACGCCAUCUCCAGACAGCUGCUCGCCGAGCUGGCGCACCACGUCGAGGCCGCGCACGCCGAGCCGGAUGACGGCCCCACGCGCGCGCUCGUGCUCGCGUCGGCGGUCGACAACGCCUUCUGCGCCGGCGCCGACCUCAAGGAGCGAGCCACCUUCUCGCAGCAGGAGACCCGCGACUUCCUGACCGACCUGCGCCGCACCUUCCAGCGCAUCGAGGACCUGCCCAUCCCCACCGUCACCGCUCUUCACGCGCCCGCGUUCGGCGGCGGGCUCGAGCUGGCGCUGACAACGACCCUGCGCGUCUUCGCCAGCUCCGCCACCGUGGCGCUGCCGGAGACCCGCCUUGCGAUCCUGCCCGGCGCCGGCGGCACCUACCGUCUGCCCGCCGUCAUCGGCCUGGCGAGGGCGCGCGACUUGAUCUUGACCGGCCGAAGAGUCGCGGGGCCGGAGGCCUAUUUCCUGGGUCUGUGCGACCGUCUCGUGCAGGCGCCCGAGUCGGGCGACAUGGCCGAGACUCGAGAGCUCGUGCUGGAGGAGGCGAUCAAGCUGGCGACGGACAUAUGCGAUGGCGGCCCCAUUGCCAUCAGACAAGCCCUGCGCGCUGUGAAUGGCUGCUUCCGACGUGAGGAGGCUGAAAACGCAGCAUACGACGUUGUGGUCAAGACGCAGGAUCGAGACGAAGCCCUGGCGGCCUUCAGAGAAAAGCGAAAGCCCGCCUUCAAGGGUCGGUGAGGAGAGCAGUCGAGAGCAAUUCGUACCCAUCCAGAAACACGCAACCCACACACUCACAGAAACAAAAGGAGUGAAAUGUCAAUUACUGAUGUGAUAAUGCUUUUGAUGGUGAUGAUGUUCGAGGGCUGUGAACCAACCGUUCCUAGCUAGGAUAAUGCCAUUGUGUCAAUACACGUAAACUAGUAUGGGCCGUGGCUCGUGAACAAAAGAAGAGAUGCAAGCAAAACAAGUAAACAGCCGAAGGCUCUGAUCGACUACAA